AUCCUCACACCUCACCAUGGGAGAGAAGCUUUUCCCAUGGACCCCCAGCCCGGGUGUCAGGCCUGCUCUGAGUGGUUCCCAGGAGCCGAGGUGACCGCCGUAGGUGCCACAUCGCACCUCGGGGGCCUUAUAGGGAAGGCCCUCGACUGCUGUUCCUCACAGAAUCUCCUGCCUCCCUCCGCAGACACACUCACCGAGGAGAACCCUCUACCCACCGUCUUCUACUCCCACCAGCCACCAGCAGCAGCCAUGGAUGUGUCCUAUUGCUCCGCUGCCCUGCUGCCAGAGAUCCACAGCCAGCUCCCGUUUGACUACGAGGCCCUAAUGGGCCCGGGCUGCUGGGCUCCGCCGGCCUGCGACCAGGCCUCCGACUCGGGAUACUUCAGCGCCAGCGGCAGCAGCCUGUCGCCCACCUCCUCCGUGGACUCCUUCAGCUUCUCCCCGGCGCACCUUUCUGCUGCUGCGGCCGCUACUACUGCUGCUACCGCCGCCGCCAUCGCCGGGCCGGAACCAGACGACUUGGACUGUCUGUUGUCCUCCCUGAACAGGCUGACGGGAGCUCCUCCCCCCCCGCCAGCGGCGGCGGCGGCCGUCUCGAGCUGCUCCACCAGAACCCAGCAGUGCGGCUCGUCCCCAGCCAAGGCCCCCGCCAGCUCCGCCGCCGCCUCCACCACCACCACCACCAGAAGGUCCUGGUCCCGGUUCCCCGGCCGGAAGAGGCAGACGGCCAGCGAGCGGGAGAAGAUGAGGAUGCGCGACCUGACCAAGUCGCUGAACUACCUGCGCUCCUUCCUGCCCGCCUCGGUGGCGCCGGCGGGGCAGACGCUGACCAAGAUCGAGACGCUGCGCCUCACCAUGCAGUACAUCGCCCACCUGUCCGCCCAGCUGGGCCACGCCAGCCCGGAGGCCGCGCCCGAGGCCGUAGGUACCGCCGCGCCGCCGACGCAGCAGAACCUUCCGGCCUUCCAGCCAAUGGUGGAGCAGCCUCUCGACGGCAGCUACGUCACGGAGGAACCCCUCCACCACCACCACCACCACCACUUCCGCCACGUCGUCAUGGAUACCAUCAGCCAUCAGCAGAACCAGGCCACAGAGCAACAGGUCCCUCUGCAGAAUCACUAUCAGGGUUCCGGUUCGUUCUGCAGUCCCUUGUUUAACGGGCAGUACUGGACCUCAGCCGACCUCCUGCAGCAGAACAUGUUCUCCUCUUGA